AUGGGGCAUACACAGGACGGCGCGCUGCCAGAGCACGAGCUGCAGCAACAAGAGCAGCAGCAGCCCGAGCAGCAGCAACAGAAGAAGAAAGAGGAACAGCAACCAGAGGAGCAGAAGCAGCAUCAACAAGCCGAUGCCGCAUCGUCCAGCGAUCGCAGCCCUUGCGAUCACAUUGCGCAGACCGAGCUGCAGCUACAGCAGCAACAGGAGAAACAGCAGCAAGAGCAGCAGGAGCAGCAGCAGGGUGACCUUACUGCAGCCGAGCUGCAAUGCAGGAAUGACAAGCUGCUGCUGCAGCAGAACUCUCUCCUCGACUCCCUUACCUCAGAAAGGAUAUCCAGAUUAGCCGCAGAACGCCAGGCACUAGCUGCAGCAGCAACAGCAACUGUUGCUGAGGGGAAGGCGCAGCUGCUGCAGCGGAGGCUUGAGGCUGCCGAGGCCGCGCAGCAGCUACUACAGCAGCAGCUGGAGGACACGCAGGAGAAACAGCAACAACUCGAGCAGCAGCUGCAACAAGCCACCAGGGACGCCACUGCAGCAAAGGCCGCAGAGCAACAGCAAAAGGAGCAGCAGCAGCAGCAGCAGCAAGAGCAACAGCAAAAAUAUGAUGAAUUGCACAACUUGCUGCAGCAGCUGCAGCGGAAGUACGCGUGCUUGCAGCAGCAGCAGGAACUGGAUGCUGCUGCUGCUGCAGAGAAGCAGCGCCUGCAGCAGGAACUGCUUGAUAUGAGAGAGGGUCUGCUGCAGCAGAAGGAUACCGUUGCUGCAGCACAACAGCAAGUAAUAGAGGAGCUGCAGCAACAAAAGGAGCAACUAUUGCAGGAGGCAGAAGCACGAGAGGCUGAACUGAAGCAGGCUCGUGCAGAUGCAGCAGCAGCAGAAGCAUCAGCAACACCGAGCACAGGUGUAGACAAGAAGCAACGGCAGCACGAGCAGCAGCAUCAACCUGGCAUGACUGAAGAGGAGGCGAAACUGCAGCUACAGAAGAUAUGCGAGCAGCAGCAGCAGCAGCAGCCUGCAGACCUUGCAAUUAAGCUGCUGAUGGACCUCGAUGCUAAGUCCCACCAGUGCAACGUGCUAAGGGAACAGAUGCAACAGCAGCAGCAGGAAGCUGAUUCUUGGAGGGCGGCGGCCCAGCAGUUGCAGCAGCAACAGUUGAUGCUUCAGCAGCAACUGCAGCAACAGCAGACCGAGCUGCAGCAGCAGCUGCAGCAGCAGGCGGAGCAGGAAUCCCGCAUACAGCAGCUGCUGCAACAGAACAAGAAGAAGAGUCUGCAGGUUCAGCUCUUAGAGAGCGAGUAUCGAGAGAAGGAUGAAGAGGCCAGGCGGUACAUACACCGCAACGACGAGUUGCUGCAGCAAGUUGCUGCUGCUGCUUGGGAGCUGCAACGGUUGCGGCAUGAGCAACAGCAGGGCGUAACGGUAGCAACGGCAACAAGCAGCAACGAGCAGCAGAGUGCUGCUGCGACACUUCUAGACUACCAGAAGCUCUUGGGGCAUUCUAACAAGCUGAAGCUGCAGCUGCUGCAGUUGGCGGAGCACCGGGAAGCUGCAGAGAAGCAGCAGCAGCAACAGCAGCAACAGGAGCAACUCCAGCUGCAGCACGAGCUGCGGGAAUUGCAGCAGCAACUGCAGCAAGUGCAGGCGGAUCGCAAAGAGCUUGCUGCUGCAGUGGAGAGGUUGCUGCAACAGCGGCAACAGCUGCAGCAGCAAUUGGAGGAGCUGCGAGAGGGUAAUACCCAGGAGCAGCAACCGAAGGCAGCAGAGCAGCAGUCGGUAACGGCACAAGACCACCAGCAGCAGCAAGCCAAGAUUGCGCAGCGCCUGGAAGAUGCUGAGGAUAAGAUGAGACGUUUUGUCACACAGAUGCAAGAAGUCGCUGCCACUUUGUGCCUGGAGCAGCAGCAGAGCAGCAAGCUGCUGAUGGAAAAGCAGCAGCAGCAGCAGCAGCUGGUAGAGCAGAAAGCGACGGCGGAUUUCUUCCGCAGCGAAUGCACGCGCCUGCAGCAGCAGCUGCAGCAGCAGCAGUUGCAACUGCAACAGAGCACCAGCAGGGCAGCGAUAGCGGAGCAGCGGAGCAGACAACUCGAGGGGGAGGCCCAGGCUAUGCGAGACGACAUGCAUGCGUUGAAGCAACAGCAGCAGCAGCAGCAGCGGGAAAACAACCAGCAGCAGCAAGCAUUGCACUCCAAGGAGUUGCUGUUGGUCGAGCUGCAACAGCAGCUCCAGCAACAGCAACAGCGAGCCACUGCAGCAGACAUGCAGCACGAGGAGCGUUGCGCCUCCCUCCAAGUGCAGCUGCAGCUGCAGCAGCAGCAGAACGCCACACUGCUGCAGCAACACAAACAGGACACGCAGCAGCUUCAGCAGCAGCUGGGAAACCUCAGCGAUGUCUUGAGAGAAAGGGAGUCGCAGCACGCGGAAGCAAGGGCAGCAGCAGCAGCAGCGAAGGAAGAGCUGCAGCAGCUCAAGCCAAAUGUUGAGCAGCUGCAGCAGCAAACGCUUGAACUGAGGGUUCGCCUAGAGGAAAAGGAGAAGAUAAUAUGGCUGCUGCAGCAGCGGACUUCUGCUGCUGCUGCCGCGGCAGACAGCAGCAACAGCAACCGUCCAAGUGCUUCUGCAGCCGGCACUGCAGCGAAGCCUGCUGCGUCUGAAGCUGCAGCGGAAACGGAGACAUCUGCGAAUGAGCAGCAGCAGCUGCAGCAGCUACAGCAGCAGCUGCAACAACUUCGGGAUGAACUCGAGAGCUGCAAGGCCUUGAAGCAGCAUUGGCAGCAAGCUGCUGUAGAGGCGCAGCAGCAGCAGCAGCGCACCAACGAGCAGCACCAGCUGCUGCAGAAACAGCUGCAGGAGAAGGCAGAAAGGCAGUUGGAGGCGGCAAUCAAUGCACUGAAGGAGCAGCAGCAGCAGCAGCAGGACGCUGCUGCGAGCGCAGCAGCAGCAGCAGCGACGACGGACAGUUUGCGCCAGCAGCUGCAGCACCUGGAGAGUGAGCUGGAGAGGGAGAAGAAAGCAGCAGCAGCAGCAGAGGAGAGAUACAGAAGGGAGGUUGACGCCCGCGCAGCAGACAUGCAGCAGCUGGAGAGGGCAGAGAAGCAGCAGCAGCAGCAACAGCAGCAACUCCUGGCUCUCGAGAAGGACCUAAACGAAACAAGAGCGGAACUCAAAACCACACGUUCUGCUGCUGAGGAGGAGAGUCUGUCGCUGCUCCGGAGCAACGCGAGUCUUUUGAGGGAUGUGGAAAGGCUGCGGACAGAGACGAAGUCCUUGCAUGCACAGAUCAAAGAGAUCUCGAGCGCUGCUGCGCCUUCCGACAGCAGCAACAGCAGCAACAGCAACAGCAAGGACCGUCAGCCGCAGGAGCGUUUGCUGCAUGCACGCUUAGAGGAAUCUCUGUUGCUGCGAGCAGCAGCAGAAGAGGAGCUUAGAGCGGCACGGCUGCAGCAAGUGCAGCAGGAGGCGCAGCUAAAACAGCUGAAGCAUUCUAUAGAGGACCUUAAAGCUGCUGCUGAGAGAGACAGCAGGCAAAACGAAUUGCUGCAGCGGCAGCUGCAGCUUGCUUCUACCAAGGAACAACUUCUCUCCAGGGUCCCCUCUUUGGAGCUUGCUGCAGCACAACUCAAUGCCGAGUUGAGGACCGCCCACGAAAGGCUGCAGCAGCAGCAAAAGCAGCUUCAGGAGAUGCAGCAGCAGCAGCAGCCGUUGCAGCUGCGCGUCCGGCAGCUCGAAGCAGCACUGGAGGAGCAGCAGCGUCAGCAUAACGCAGCAGAGCAGCAGGCAACAGAGUGGAAGAAUAAUUACCACAACGUUCUUAAACGAUUUGAAGGGGUGGAUAGGGGAGAGCUGGAGCAGCUGCGCCAGGAGAAGAGUCGAUUUGCUCAGCGGAUGCAGCAUCUUCUGUCUGAGAGGCAGAGGGAAACUGCCGCUCUCAAGGAGAGUGAAGUCAAGAGGACGGAGCUGGAGAGUACUGUUUCAAAACUGCAACAGGACAUGAGUAGCAGCACUUUGGAAAAGCAGCAACUGCAGCAGCAAGUGCAUCAGCUGCAGCAACAGCAACAGCAGGCCCGGCAACUGGAGCAGCAGACAACGGCAACCAAGCAGCAGUUGCAGCAGGUACAGGAGGAGCUGCUGCGCGAGAGGAAGUCAAAUGAGAUGCUGCGGUCUCGCUUAGGGCAGCAGCAGAAUGGAGGAGUAGUAGGAGGAGCGGCACUGACACCCGAAGUUGCUGCUGCCGUGGGUCGUGUUGUCCGCGUUGGAGUUGUGUCUUGUGCUGCAGCACAGCAGGCACUCAAUGUUGUUAAGACGGCGGCAGCAGCAGCACAUGAAGAAGGCAAGAAGCAGGCCCUUAAGGAUGCUGCUGCUGCUGCUGCACACCAGGAAAUAACCAUGCUGCAGCAGCAAAAGCAGCAACAAGAUAAAGAACUCUCGGGAGUUAGGCAGCUGCUGCAGCAGCAAACCGAAGAGAACCAUGUGCUUCAAAAGCAACUCUCCGACCAGCAGCUUCUGCUGCAGCAGCAAGCGGCUGCAGCGGAGCUGGAGCAGCACAACUUGCUGUCACAGCUGCGUAGGACCCAGGAUGACCUUAGAACCUCUCAGCAGACGCAGCAGCAGCAGUUGCUGCUGCUGCAGCAACUUCAGCAGCGUCCCCAGAAAAUUAUGCAGGAGCAAGGCUCCGAAGAUGCUUCUGUGCUGCUGCUCCUACAGCAAGAUGAGCAGCAGCAGGAGCCGCCAACCGCCGCCGUGUCAAAGCGCACCAUGCACGAGCAGAGGCUGCUGCAGCAACAGCAGAGACCCGGCAAAGUCCUGAAACGGGAACAUGCAGGUGAUGUGGGUGUUGCUGCUGCUGCACGAGAAGCAACAGCAGUUGCCGCUGCACAAGAACAACAGAACGCAGCGCAAGACGACCAUCAACAGCAGCAGCAAGAUAGUGAAACUGCAGAUGAUUUGCCGCAUCAGCAGCAGCAGCAGCAGGAGCAGCAAGAAGCCGAGGAGGAGCAGCCCGAGGAGCAGCAACAGGACGAGGACGAGCAGCAGCAGCAGCAGCAGCAGCAGCAAGAAGACGAAGAAAUGCAAGAGGAGGAACAACUGCAAGAGUCGGACUUGCACUCGUCUAACACCUCACAGGGGCUAAAUGAGGAAAUUUCCGCAGCCGAAAGUGCUGCAGAGGAGCAGCAAGAGUCCCAAGAACUGCUGCAUGAGCAGCAACAGCAACAGCAGCAGCAGCAAGAGCAACCGCACCAGCAGGAGGAGGAUCACCAGGAACAGCCAGAGGAGGAGGAGGAGGAGGAAGAGGAGGAGGAGGACCAACAGCAGGAUGAAGAACAACAGCACGAGGAGCAACAGCAGCCUGAAGAGCAGCAACAGCAUGAAGAGCAACAGCAAUCCGAAGAUCAGCAACAGCCCGAAGAACAGCAACAACACGAGGUGCUGCAGCAUCAAGAGGAGCAGCAGCAGCAAGAAGAGCACCAGCAGCCAGAGGAACAGCAGCAACCCGAAGCGCAGCAGCAACAUGAAGAGCUGCAGCAGCCCGAAGAGCAGCAGACAGGAGAGUCUCCUCAGCUUGAAGAUGGCAGUACGGAGUCAUCGCAGCCGCAGCAGGAGCAACAGCAGGAGCAACAACAGCAAGAGCAGCAACAGCAGGAGCAGCAACAGCAAGAGCAGCAACAGCAAGAGCAGCAACAGCAAGAGCAGCAACAGCAAGAGCAGCAACAGCAAGAGGAGGAGGAGCAACAGGGGGAGGAGCAGCAAGACGUCUACUCACUUAUGGAUGAAGACGAACAGCAGCACCACCAGCAGCAGCAGCAGCAGCAGCAGCAGGACUCAGAGCCCACAACAGGGCAGGCUCCCUCAACUCCAUCGGAGCCUGCAAUAGCUGAGGAGCAGCAGCAGCAGCAACCUGCUGGGGAAGAAGGGCCGGAAGAGCUCACUAUUGAGUCGGCUCCUGCAGCAACAUGGAACUGA